AUGUCGAAUUUAAAGACGACUGCAGCAACGUCUUCUGAAGCCGCAGCAGAUUCCAGCUCCAGCAGCGUCAAUGAUGGAUUCCACCACGCCCGAAGAGGCGAAGUAACUGACGAUGUAUCUGCUAGCGAGGCCAUCGAUGGAUAUGAUGCCGAGCGCAUGCGUGCGCGUACUGCAUUAACAGUAGAAGAAGAAAAGAGGCUCAUUAGACGAAUUGACUGGCACCUUAUGCCUUUAUGUUCUAUCAUAUUCAUGUUCAAGAAUUUGGAUUCGGACAACGUUUCAAAUGCUCGUAUUAUGAAUAGAGGAACUCCUGACAAUAUCAUGACGCAGUUGGGGUUGACGUCCGAUGAAUAUGCUUUGGUUACCGUCUUAUACUAUAUACCAUAUAUAGUCGGAGAAGCACCUUCGAAUCUACUGCUUAAGAGAUUCUCACCUUCACAUUGGCAGUCGAGAAUUAUGAUUACAUGGGGAAUUAUGCUGGCAUGCCACGUCGCUGUUAAGAAUAAAGAGGGUUUAUACGUGACGAGAUUUCUUCUGGGUUUAGCGGAAGCUGGAAUGUUUCCGGGAAUUAUACUGCAAAUGACCUACUGGUAUCGACCAGAUGAAAUGUCUCUCAGGCUUCUCUACUUCUAUAUAUGCGGGAAUCUGAGUGGAAUAUUUAGUGGAAUCCUUGCGUUCGCCUUUGACCAUGCUUCGGGAGCAGGGGGGUUAUCUGGAUGGCAGUGGUUAUUCCUGGUUGAAGCAAUAGCAACAAUUAUCAUGGGAGUCGGCGUAUGGUUCCUCUUACCGGACUUUCCCGAGACAGCGUCUUGGUUGACAGAUAAGGAGAAAGCAUUCAUACAAGCACGGCUCCCGUCAAAUUCCCCAAGGGCUGCAGAACAGGAUUUCAAGCUCAGCGAAAUUAUUUCAUCCUUAAAGGAUAAGAGGUUAUGGCUCUUCACUUCUAUCUGGGCUUUCUUCACGGUUGGGACUUCGGGGGUGCGCUUCUAUCAGCCAACAGUCAUUGCAGACCUUGGUUUUACUUCAAUUGCGCAGGCGCAGCUUCUUAACCUCCCCAUCACGAUCCUAGGCCUCAUCGUGAUCGGCAUAUCUGGGGUCUUCGCCGAUAACGGCCGGCUUCCAAGACCGUUAUAUCCGCUCUCUUUCCUCACUAUCAUUCUCGCGUGUUACGGGGUUUUAGUGGCAUACCCUAAUAGCGGCGCUGUUUAUGCGGCGACCAUGAUUGGAAAUGCUGUUACCAGUGCCUGGUACCCUAUGAUGUGGCCGUGGCGUGUUCAGACGACCAGCCGGGCAACUGGGUCUGCAUUCUCUAUUGGAUUUGUAAAUAGCUACGGCCAGAUCGGAGGUGCUAUCGGUCCUCAGAUCUUUAGGAGUGCUUACGCACCACGGUACCAAACAUCUUUUGCUAUAGCCAUGGCUCUCGUAGCAUGCUGCAUUAUCACUACCCUAAUAACCUGGUGGGUCACCCGCCAGACUGAGAGCGAUACGCGGAAGCUUAAGCUGGCGAGAAUUGCCGCUGCCAAGAAGGAUGAUACUAUUCUAGACGAUGUAGUGGAUAAUGACUUGAAGAAAAAAAGUGAUAUAUCUGCGGAAGUUUGA